AUGUCCGCGGCGGGCUUCAAAGCGGUGACGGCGGCGGCGGCGACUUCCGGCGCAUCAUCAUCAACACCGGAAGUCGCCGCAUCGGCCUCGGGGCAUUCAGCGGCAAUGGCGGCCCCCAUGGUGGCGGCGCUGCGUGGCGCGUCCUUGCUCGGCAGACGCCUCCCGUGCCCCCCGUGGUCUCCCGCAGCAGCCGCCUACGCCACAGAGACGCGAGGCACCUUCUGGAGCAGGAUGAACUUCCUGAGGAGGGACAAGGCGGCGGCGGCGGUGCCAGCGCAGGAGGAGCAGGAGGAGCAGGAGCAGCGGCAGGCGAUGGUGUUCAUGCCUAGGCCCGAGCCGCGGAGCCGGCGCUACGACCCGCCCGCUGACCUGGAGCAACGCGUGCGGCGAGCAGUGGGCGAGGUGUACGGCGAGGGCGACACGGGCACGGGAGCUCGAGAUUGGCGCCACGUUGCCGUGGGCGCCGACGCGAAAAAGUUCGAGCUGCUGGCGCGGUUGGCGGCCGAUCUGGGCGGCCACCGGGUGCCCAACUCGCGGCUGCACGAGGUGUCCCACGCGGGCGACGUCCUCGCCUUCUACGGGGAGGCCGUGAGGGACGCCAGCCGCUUCGAGGACCUCGCCUCGAUGCCACUGCCGCCAAAUCUGAAGAUCCGAUGGGAAGAGACCCGAGCAGAAUGAAGGAGGAGGAGGCGAGAUGGUUGCCAUCACCACCCCCCCACACAACUGAACUUCUCCUUCAGGGUUUGCCUGUUUUAGCGACCCCACCAAUUAUUCACUUGUUUCUAAUGUAAAUGGUACGCUCGGCGCAAUCCCGAUGAUUGCAAAAAUUUGGGUAUUCAAAUUACGAUAUUGUGUGGAGGCUGUUUCCCUGUCUGAUGGAGGUAGCGGCGAUUCGAUAUUAAGAUGACAUCGUGUCUAUGCGUAUUAUUCGUGAACCACGCUUGCCGCCUUAAUUUGUAUUUAAACUGAAGUUUGUACAUUAUGAAAAUACGCACCUUGGUGGGUCGCAAAAACAGAUGAGUUUGGGAAACACUGCAAACAUUUAAAUGAAGAUUCUGAUAUCAUGACCAAUGCUUCUGAUGCCACAACAUCUUACCUGCCAAGUCACAGCUUUUACGCUGAACUUUUGACCUCCAAGGUCCGUGCAUGGAGUCAAACAUAUUGUGGUCUCGGUAUAUAGGGGGAGCAAUGGACACGCGACCUUAGUCUAAUUCCACCUUCAUCGUCUGGUUGUUGGUCUAUUGAAACUGGAUAUUUCACUAUUAAAGUAUCCAAUUAUAUGGUUUGUUGUUACACUGUUAACUCGAGUCCCUCUUACACAUGCCAACAUGGUUGCAUAUUUCCCUUUGGUCCCAAGCCACUCCCAACGCAUUUGGUAACAUUAAACUGGCUCGUGGAAUACGUGGUCGGGAUGGCUGGACUUGGUCAGUCGUGUGGGCUGUUACCACGUACAGUAUAGCUAUUGUGUUGAGUGUGGAUUCAUUUAUUAUACUGUAUACAUUAGAGGCCAAUGUUGGGUUAAUUGGCUGUACAUUAGAGGUGGGCAACCCAAGGCCCAUGACUUAAUUUGACGUUACCCGCAGCUACAUUAGUCCCCCACCACUUAGAAAUGUCCCCCACGCGAUAUUUAUCUGUCACUGCUAGGACCUUAGCCAUACUAAUCAGGUAUUAAAAGGGAAUUGUUUCAACCUGGUAACACUUCGUUUUCAGUGCGAUCGGUCACUUGGUGCACCUCUUGCAAUGACGUGUGCAAUGUUCGCAGUGUGCGCUCGGGAAGGAAAACGUUUCACACUCCUGGUGUGCACCCAUUCCUCCAUGCAAAAGUGGCCGGUUCACACAUUUACUAAUUCAAUUGGGAUUAUGCUUAAUUUUAACAGUGAGAAACUCUGGAAAGAGUUUUGGUUAAUAAAUAACAAUUGGGCUUGCAAAUAUAUAAUUUAUUGCUCCCGAUAAUGCUCUGCCAUACCACAUAUACUAACAUUUUAAGUCGACGUUAAGUAAUUUUACGGGUCUCAAUAGUAAAAAUUGAAACUUGCACCUUGCUGGGCUGGAUAGACCACAUUUUGGGAAGCUCUUGUUCAACAGUAGGAUCCUGCUCAAGCGUUGUUAAAGGUGGCGAUGCCUUUGCGUGUCGCACACAAACGAAGAGGCUCGUAUACACCUCCCGAGCCGUGAAUAUUCAUGUUCAAAGACAUGGAGAUAAGUUAGUUCCCAUUAAUGAAAUAUGAUUUAACCACCCAGAAUACUUGGAGGUAAACUUUUAAGACCACUAUUUGCAUAUUCUUAGGUUUUUUCGGUUAAGUCACGUAAGU